UGACCAUGGUGUUGUAUUCCGGGCCGCCGCAAUGCCGCACGACCCGGUCGCAUACUCGCAUAGUAUCUGUGACGUCGUUUCAAGCCGUCUCGUUUGUGUGUCAUUCUUUCUCGCCGCCACUCGUCUCUCAUAGUCACAUCUAUCCUGGUCUGUACGGCUUCACAUUCGUUUAACACUUAGCCCACAACAAAUCUACAAUAUACAAAAAUGUAUUCCUUAGCCAAAGCCGUCGCACCUGCUGUCCGCUCCGCUAUCCUCUCUAACUCCAGAGCAUCUAUUGUAAGGCCAAUUAGCAGCAUCGUCUCAAAUGGACCCAGCACACAAAACCAACAAACUCCCAGUGCCAUUAUUUCCAAUGGAAGCUUGGUAAAUGCUGUCAGAGGAUUCCAGACAUCAGCUGUGUCAAGAGAUAUUGACUCUGCUGCAAAAUUCAUUGGUGCUGGUGCAGCCACAGUAGGAAUUGCUGGAUCAGGUACUGGAAUUGGAGUGGUUUUUGGUUGCCUAAUGUUAGCCUACGCACGUAACCCGUCAUUAAAACAGCAGCUUUUUUCAUAUGCAAUUUUAGGAUUUGCCCUAGCCGAAGCAAUGGGCCUCAUGUGUAUCAUGGUUACUUUUUUAUUGUUAUUUGGUGUUUAAUGGAAAUAUGGUUUAAUUUUUCAAGAAUUUUAUUUGCUCAUCAAUUAACCAUAGAUUUUCUAUUGAAAAUAUAUGUUAAAAUAAAUUAAAGAUUAACUAUUAAAUAGUUGUAAGAUGAAACCAGAUAUUUUAAAUGUUAGAUAAAAGAAUAAGUAUACAUACUACAAAUCAAUUUGAAUGUUAAAUAUUUCCAUUGUAAAUGCCAUAAUUAAGUUUCUUUGAAUAUUUGCUAUAAAGUAAAUAUUUUGGUUUUAUAAUAUUUCAUACACUAUUUUGUCAUAAUAAAAUAGUUUUCAUCUUUGUUAAUUGUAAUUGUAUAUAAUUUAUGUAUCGUUUUUUGGGUAAACACUAAAUUUUAUUAUUUAAAUUUAUUGUUUACUUCUGUUAUUAAGAACCUAGAUUAAGUAAUGACUUAAGCUUUUGCUAUUUCAUUUUUAAGCUUUUGCAUGAUAUUUGAGUUUUGGAUUUGUGAUUGUUUUAUUGGUUUGGUACAAGGGAUUGAAGCAUGGUGUUGGAAAUGUAAGUUUAUGAUAUUUUCAAGUACUUUAUUUUUUAUAUAAGAAACUUACUAAAACAUCUAUUAAAUAAGUUUUCUUUAUCAAUAAUUACGAACAAUCUUUUUCAUUAUUCAAAAAUAAUUUUUUAUUUUGUUCCACUACUAAUUUUUUUUAUUUAAUACAUUGACAGCUACAUGCCUGUCGAUGACUUAAAUUAGUUCUACAUAUGUAAGGCCACACUUAGUUAAACGAUUUUUCUUGUCUACAUUCUAAAUAUUUAAUAUUGUUUUUUUUCCAAGCUUAUGAUCAAUUAUAUUCUGUCAAAAUAAAAUAUGUAGUUGGUAGCGGUCAGCAGUGGCGUAGAUACAAUUUUUUUCUAGGAAAGGUUUUAUAUUAUAUUUAUGAUACAAAUUACGAGAUAUUAUUACUUCGUUUUUAUUUCGCUCUAACCAUUAUAUUAUAAAAUAUUUUGAUUUUAGGGGGGUGGAAACCCCUUAUACCACCCCCGUAAAUACGCCACUGGCGGUCAGACAACGCUCAUUAGUCUAUCCCUACCAUGUUAACCGUCUGUGAGCCUAUUAUGUGUAGUGGCUAUACCCUUGCAUAGUUGUCUACUGCAGACGUUUAUUUUGAAUAGAGUAUAAAUGCAUUUAAUUUUAAUGUUAAAUUUGGCAGCAGGCAGCCCAAAUGACUUCACAUUAAAUAAUAAUACUUAGAAUGUUGACUAGUAUGUGGCUAUCAACAUAGUUAAUUACUAUAAAUGAAACAAGUAUGGUCUUACUAUUAUGGCUGCAAGCAUAUUGUCUUGUAUUAUUAUUAUUGGUUCAUAAUUUAUUUUAUUUUAUUACUAUACAAUUUUUAAUAAUUAAGAUGUACUAAAAUUAAGGCUAGCAUUUUUUUUCAAGUUUAAUUAUUUGUUAAUGUUUAAUAGAAUGUUAUAAAAGGUUUGUUCAAUGCAUUUUUUUUAUGUUAUAUAUAUUCUGUCUAUCUUUAAACCACAGCAGUAUGGUGAAAAUCAAUCUUUUUUCAUACCCCUAUUGACAUCCAGCCAUUGUAAUUAAUUUCACUAUUGCCGGGUGUCUCAAUGGAAUGUAUUGAAUUGUAUUGUCUAAUUAGACAGAAUGUAGUUUCAUUUUUUAUUUUAAUAGACGUUAAUAAAUAAAUAAUAAUUUUUGUUUGUUUUUAUGUUUUUAGGAGCUGGAAUUGGAACAGUAUUUGGUUCCCUAAUCAUUGGUUACGCACGUAACCCA